GCAGAGGAAUACAGUAUUUGAGGUCAAAAUGGCUUCAGGAUUGCUCUCAAAACACGGUUUAUAUAGUCAGAUACGUGUGCAUUUAUGAAUAUUUAUAGUUGGGGCCUUAGGGUUGCCUAUAAUAAUAUUGAACUGGGUUAAGUUCGAACCAUCGAGGGGGAGUUAGCGAGGCGUGAGGGGUUUCUCACCCCGUCAGCAAAAAGCGAAAGCCGGCGCUGAAAGGCGCGCUUGGAACCGUCGCUUAGAGACCCAACAAACGGCGAGGGUUGGCGAAGCAGCCGCCUCUCCCGCCUCUCCUGGUGGCGGGGAAGGGAAAGGGGAGGGCCGCCUCUUUGUCUCCCGCGAGGCCCUUCAGCCCUCGGCGCCGCGUGCCUCCCUCUUUCGGUAGGGAAAUCCGGCCGCGGGGAAGGCUCAUCCCGGCCAUGGAGCGGCUGACUUUGCAACCGGGGGCCGCCGCGGCCAUAGACGAAUACCUGGAAUACAAGAGUCAGUGAGCAAAACACAUAAGAGAGCUGUCCGUGGGGCACCAGUCUUGCUUUAACAAGAAUUGUAGGCGAAGAUGAUGGAGGGAAACUUUUUACUCCUGAAGAAUAUGAAAAGUACAAGAAAAAAAUGUUACCAAUACGGUUACAAAACAGACUGUUUGUGAGCUGGAGAUCACCAACCGGCAUGGACUGCAAACUUGUGGGCCCCGAAACCCCAUGUUUUUGUACUCACAGGUAUAAACAACACAAAACAGACUUUGAAGAGAUCCCAAAGGAACGUCCUAUUUCUUUACCCUGUAGGGUGGGCCAUUGCCCAUGCAAAUCUUAUAACUUCGUUCCUCUCAAUGGGACUCAGCCCAUCCGCUGUAGAUGUAAGCACUUUGCUGAUCAGCACAGUGCGGCACCCGGGUUUCCAUGCAACACAUGUUCCAAAUGUUCAGGGUUUCACAGUUGCUUUACUUGUGGAUGUGGGCAGCCAACAUAUGCUCAUGAAACAGUAGUGGAAACAAAAGAGGAACGCUUAGCCCAAGGAAAACCAGUGGGGCAAGAUGUCCCAUAUGCCGCCAUGGGAGGACUAACUGGCUUUAGUUCACUAGCAGAAGGAUACAUGAGACUUGAUGACAGUGGGAUAGGAGCACCUUCCAUCCAGUUCCUAGAAUCUCCUGUAACCAACAUGGAUCAUCCCUUUCUAAGAGCAUUGCAGGGACCUUCUAGUUCCACGCAAGGACGUCCCCAGUUAACAGAUGGAGGUGCAAGUACAGCAAUGCAAGUUGCCUCUUUAAGAAGACCUGACGAAGAUGACAUGGCUUAUUUUGAAAGACAGUAUCAGGAACGGUUGAAGCAAGAGAAGGCUGCUGCAAAACAGAAAGGAAAGCGUCCAGUCACAAAAAAUUCAUGAUAACCAAUAAAACAAAAGAAUACACUUUUUUAUUCAUUGUGAUUUAUUAGUGUUUAGAUAAGUUUUCCUUAAUGAAUUCAGUAUGUGAAGAUUUUUCUAUAAGAUAUGUGGUAGUACAUCUAUUUCUUUCUAGGCAUGGAAGCAAAAAUAAUGUCACCCAACUAGAUAGAAUAUGCCAAGGACAAUGGUUUUCUCACUCACAUGUUAAGUAUCAGCAAAACAUGUUUGAAUACAGAGAUCAAAUAAUAAAAUUAUAUCCCUUUUUUUA